CCAUUAAUUCCACUGUGCAAAACGACGGACUCGACCAACACACCUUGUGAAGCCGACAUGCGACCUGUGAAGCACCUUGUGGUAUCUCCAGGGAGGGCACAUAGCUCCAUCCCUAUCUCUUUAUAUAUAUAACACUUUCCAUUGAGCUCUACGCUAUUGAAGUCAGUCUGAUGGCGGCUCCCUCCAACCGCUCCCACACCGGCCGCCGAGGCCUAGGCGACCGCAUACCAAAGCCAACUACCAAAAUUAGAUACUCUCCCGACCUUCAGCUCAGCGAUGACCAUCCCUGCGCGCCAUCAACUCCUUUCCCAAUCUUCACCCCGUCCAACGCCGGGCCCUGGUCGCGCAGGUUGCCGGCAACAGCCCAAGAACAGCCCGGCCAUUUCCCCGCAUGGGAGCAUCCACCGAUACAACGACAGCAGUACCUGACCUCUCCAACAACCCACGCCAACCAUGGCACCUCCCACUCACAACUGAGCCGCCUUUCCUCUCGAAUUUACGCCGUCCGGACCUCGGACCCGGCCGAUUUCGCCGCCCCAUGGGAGUCGUCCAUAGUUCCCCUCCUAGCCGAGCUGCUCCGAAAGCACUGCAGCUGCGAUUUCGCCGUCGAUGUGCACAACUUCCCCGAGCGAUCGAGUUCUGCCGUACCAAGGUUGAUCUAUAUCACCCUAUCCGGGGACGCUGACACCAGGGCGCUUGAACAGAUUAUCCGUGCCGAGCUGGAAAUGGCCGUGCCAGAACGGUUUCACCCGGUCGCUCUCGAAAUCUGGAGGGGCGAGGUGCGCAAGUCGCAAUGGUGGUACGUCCCUCUCUUCCUCAUCGAGCAGCCACUCCAAUUUCGUGUUUUGGAGUGUCAGUGUGCGCAAUUAAUACACAAAAUUGACACCGACCUCAGGGGCGACGCAGGCACGCGGGACAUGGUGUGCCCUCCAAGGAACGUGGCGUACAGGGACACCCCCGUCAUCGGCAUGUCGAUUGGCCCUACCCAAGUCCCCGAUGCAGCGUCCUUGGGCGGUUUCGUCAACGUCCGAUCCAACUUGUACGCCAUGAGCGCGUUCCACCCCUUUGAGGACGCCUUCAAAGCCUACAAAUUGGGCGUCAUGCAUCCGGCCGCCCCAGACAUCCCCCUGAUUGUGCCGUCGGAUCCGAGUGCCAGGCCAUAUAGUAUUGGAAGCGUGGCCAGGUGCGCGCCGCCCGGGACACUGCGGCCUUCGUUAUCUUUCCAGGGAGGAAGGUUUGAAGAGCACUUGACCAUGGUUGAAAUGGACUGGUGUCUGAUUGGGCCUGUGCCGAACGGGAAGAACAUCGUUUCCGUGCCCAGUUUUCGGGCUGACCGGUGCGUUGCUGUGGAGAGCACGGCUGCUGUCGAGGGCAACACCGAAGUGUAUGCCAUGGCCAGGACUAGCGGAUACUCGCUCGGUUUCACGUCUGACGUCCCUGGGUUGUUGGAAAUCAGCGGCCAGCUAAGGAGAGAGUGGACUGUUCGGCAGUACUCACCUAUCGGACAAUCAGAGGACGAUCGGACAAGCGGGCGUUGGCAGACUCUGAAGCAGUGGGUCACAAGCGGCAUCGGUGUUGCGGGAGACUCGGGGGCAUGGCUAAUCCGGAGAUCCGACAACGCUUUGAUGGGGUUAGUAUGGGGUCGCAACCACGACUGCGGCGACCCGUUGGAGCGGGUCCGACUCACCUACUUUACCCCGAUUGUCGACAUACUGGCCGACAUCCGGGAGGAGUAUGCCGAGGAUCAAGAUGUUUCGCUUCCAGUCUACUCCCAGGGAGACUUGGCGCGGGGUGUUGAAACCUGUGGUCCUCAAGAGAUAAUCGGAUUCGAUAUGUCUUGUGACCCAUGGAGCAUGUAUGCUCAGCAAGCGGUCCGGCGGCAGCAACAGGUCCAGGUUGAUUUAAUUCAGGGCCACUUUGUCGGUGACGGGGUGCCGUCGUCUUGGGUGAUACUCCCACCACGACAAAGUGACGGAGGUCCCGCUCUCCCGAAUACCCGCCCGAGGAGACGCCAGCAGCAUGGAGCCCUGGGAAGUUCCAUCCCGGCAGCAGAUCCACUGACCACUCCUCCACAAGUCGACGGUGACGGCUUCCUUGCGGACCCGCAUUCUCAGGACAAGCUUCUGCUGCGGGGAGUGGGCCUAAGUCCGGGCGUCGAUAUGCCACUGCCCGAGCUCACGACUGCAACCUCGAUAGGAACCAGCUCCAGUAUGGCCGACAAAAGCUCGGAAAUGGCGUCGGCAGGCAACGGUGUCCGGAUCGUUGGCGAUCUUGACAUUGACGAAGAGAUUACCGAUGUCGAGGCGCCUAUCCAGGCCAAGGCGUCCUUUGCCCUGAAAUAUCCCGGGUCCUCGAGACUUGAUCGGGUACCGGCACAAGUCGGUAGUCAACUGUGAAAAGAUGGCCGAUGAACGAAUCGAUAUCAUGUCAUAC